CAUAUUCCAACUCUUCAUAAUCAUGUCGAAACUUGUGCUAUUUUUGGGUAAGCCAGACAAAAGUGUCUUCUCAGAUAUCAUACGUAAACUCUGUCAUCUAUGCACAGUCUUCUGCUCCUUGUGUUUGCUCCAAGUCCAGGCAGAUCGCAGGAUUUGCGAGCAGCUAACUCGCGUCUGUGAGAGAAAUGAGCCGAGGAUCGGCAUUGAAGAUGAUGUCACCAAAUAUUUGAACGUCGAAUGCCGAAGAAGAGAUGUCAGAUGGAAAAACAUAACUCGUUGUCAACUGGAACGCGCUGCCUGCGAAUUAUCUUUGGUGGAGUGUGGAGAAUUGAGCUGUGCCAAUAUUGUCAAGGUAUUACGACGUUGAAUAAUUAAUAGAUCAAAUUGUGUAAAAUGUGAAAAUCAAUUAAAAUACAGCUGUUAA